CAGCACCACCAGCUGAGUCAGUCCGACGAUCUCUGUAACGCAGGCGGCAGUGCGCGGGGUGCUCCUCUCUAUUUCCCAGCUUCCGUCCAGCUUUAACUAUUAGUGUGAGAAACACGUAAGACACCUUCAUUUACACCUGGAGAACCUGAAGAACCGGGGCCGCGAUGAGAAGAAUAGGACUAGGACUGUUGGCGUUCAUCUUGGGCGCAAGUUUGGUGGCCGCAGAUAUUGAUAUGGAGGUGAAAAUCGUCGAGAAACUGCAGCACUUCUCCGAGUAUCGCUUCCCGGCUAACAACCAUGAAGAUAGCUGGAUUGAAGCUCGAAAUUACGUCGAAAAAGAGUUUGAUUUCUAUGGGCUCAGAGUACAGAAGCAGACCUUCAAUUCAACAGUCUGGACAUUAGAGGGCGACCAGACUGUUGAGGGCGUCAACAUCAUCGGAGUGGCUCAGGCCACCAGCAACAAGCCCGGCGCCAUAGUGGUCGUGGGAGCCAACUACGACACGAACACGCGCGAGAACCCAGGGCCCCUUUUCAACAACGGCGCCGGAAUUGCAGCCCUCCUUGAGACGGCGAGACUCUUCACGCACAACAUCAAAUGGUCAGGCUCCUUCAAGCAAAACUAUACCACCAUCUUCGUCGCCUUCGAUCUCAACACGAAGGAACAUGAUAACGAACCUGGAAAGUCCGGAGGCUGGUACUUCGUUAACGAAUGGCUGUGGGACUACCUGGAAAGCUCUGACGCCAACUUUGGAGGAGCCUUUGUCGUCGACUCCAUCAUGAAUGUCAACCAGGAGCCUAAUUCUCAGGACACCUCCGAGGACUUCCGCAGGAUGUUCCCGGAGACCUACAACAGCAUGGCUAAGAACAGCAACAAAGGUAACUUCAUCGGCGUCGUCACACAGCCCGACGAGAAAUCCCAGAAACUGAAGGAUCAGUUUGUGGGUAACUAUCGGAAGGAUCGCAGGAAGAGGCCCUUCCGUCUGGAGGACAUGACGUUGCCCACAGUACUUCACAAGAACAAUAUCAUCUCCGAACUGACCACCCAGGAAACCGUUGAAUUCUGGGCCUUCCAAGUCAACGGGACAGCCACGCCCCUUCCAGCUGUUCUUAUCAGUGACACUGAGAAACUUCGAAGCAUGCCUGAGAGUCCUUGCGGCACCCGAGUUUGCCCUCCCAAGGCCUGGUUGACGGAAGAACGAGAGGAGUUCCUGGUCGCCACCGUGGAAGGGCUCACUAACACCCUUCUACGCCGCCAGGCCACGCGCCUUCCGAACCCACCAGCCAACAGUAGCGAGGCUACAUCACUUCCAUCGCUUUUCACUACCGUCGUCAUUCUGCUGAUAGGGCGAUUCUACCAAUAAAUCGCAAAAUUGCUAUGUACACUAACGCCCAACACCAACGAGCUCUUUGCCGCCUUGUCUCGGUUUCAUACUAGAGGUUUGUAUGGAAAUGUACACAGAGAAGUUUUCAGUUAUGCAGUACAAAGACUCCUAAAUCCUUGUUGAAUGUGUUAUUGUUGUGUAAAUUAGAAUACCUUCAAAGAAAGUAAAACUUAAUGAUAUAAAAAUUACUUCAUGUUUGGUACAUGCUGGAGUGACUGUAAAUCAGAUUUUAAUUAACAAAUGUAGGUAUGAAAGGCCAUUAAAACAUUAUUAUUUUGAUGAUGAUAUAAAGAGGUAAUGAUAUUACUUUAUUAGCAUAGGCAAUAAGUUAUUUGUUUUAUUUUUUCAUUUUUCUCUUUGUAUAGAAACAUAAAUUAAUAUGUUCUCACUUGUCCAAAACAGUGAUUAAAUAACCAUCAACCUUUGGAUUAUAAGUGAAUAAAAAUCCUUAAAAUUUACUAUGGAUAUUUUAUGUAACACUGUUCUAUUUGUUGUAUACAUUAAACAUACAUUUGAG